AUGGGCAGAGAGAAGUGGGAUGGUGAUCGUGACCCGCUUGGUCGAGACCGCGGUCGUAUACCUAGUUUCUUCCAGUGGGCCAGUUUCACCGCCAUGGUCUGGUCUAUUGCGCUAGCUGGAGUGGCGCAUCCACGAGAGUGUCGAAGGCGACGGACGGUCGCCGAGGGCGGUGAUGAGGUCAAGGACUCGACGAUGGGCUGGCGCGGGACCCUUGCAGGAUGCGAUUGUGCAAUGGCGUCCCGGUUCGUUCUGAGGCGAAAAGAGGUCGAGGGGGAUGGAAAGGUCAGAGCUCGGGGCGGUGCGAAAGGUGGAGGGGCGAAAAAGAGGAGUCCCGGUGGGUUCGUGCAGACCCAGUUCUUCUCCAGUCACUCCGCACGCGCCAAUAGAGCAGCCGAUGCGAGCAGGUUCGACAAGGAGUCUCGAGGGCACGAGGAAUGGAAAAAUGAGAGUGAACAGCAAAUCUGA